UGCCCAAUAUUAUUUUCCAACCUCUUGUCUCUGCGAUGUAUGUUGUUUGCAGUGGCCGAAGAACCUGACCAGGCUCCUGAGCCAGAAGAAGAACGCCCCAGAGCAAGGCCAAUGGUUCCACAGUUAGCUCCUCCAAAAAUCCCCGAGGGGGAGAGAGUGGAUUUUGAUGACAUUCACCGCAAGCGUAUGGAGAAGGAUCUCCUGGAAUUGCAAACUCUCAUUGAUGUACACUUUGAGCAGAGGAAAAAAGAAGAAGAAGAACUUGUGGGCCUCAUGUCAAGGAUUGACAACCGUCGGAGAGAACGCUCUGAACAACAGCGAGUCCGCACUGAGAAGGAACGGGAGCGGCAGGCCAGGCUUGCUGAAGAGAAGAUGAGAAAAGAGGAGGAAGAGGCCAAGAAAAGGGCUGAAGAUGAUGCUAAGAAGAAGAAAGUACUGUCCAACAUGGGAGCUCAUUUUGGAGGAUACCUGGUCAAGGCAGAGCAAAAACGUGGAAAGCGGCAGACCGGCCGAGAAAUGAAGACCCGCAUCUUAGCAGAGCGACGAAAACCGUUGCAUAUAGAGAACUUAAGCGAGCAACAGCUGAGGGAGAAGGCCAAGGAGCUCCAUGAUUGGAUCCAUCAUCUAGAAUCGGAGAAGUUUGACCUGAUGGAGAAACUCAGACGUCAAAAAUACGAGAUCAAUGUUCUAUACAACCGCAUCAGCCAUGCCCAGAAGUUCAAAAAAGGUGCUGGAAAAACCAGGCUUGGUGGUCGCUGGAAGUAAGAGGGACUCAGCUUGUGGACCCCAAUCUGGAAGUCUCCUUGGCAACCAAAGUGACUCCCAAAUACAUCUCAUCCUUUCUUCCCUGUGUUGUUCCAUGUUGAGUUGAAUGCUUUCCUGACCCGUUCCCCGAAUCCUUGUCAUGUGCGUCUCUGACGAGUCUUGUACCACAAGCCACACACAAUAAAUCAACCUCUCUUCUCCAUGGAAUCUCUCCAGUGAUUCAAUUCCUUUCUGAUGCCAAUGAUUGGCACAAAUGGUACAAAUAGUUCUUUAACUGAUGGGGGAAAAAAGAAG